GGUGCAUCAUAUCGAUAGCUAGCCCUCUUGACGAUGCCUCCCACAUUCUCCAAUACCACCUAGACCAAGAAGACAACCUCAAAACCCACGCAGCAUCGACUGGAUGAGCUGCUGCAAAGGGCUCACGCCACAAUGUGUGCGCGUGCGGCUGCCCAUGCGGCCUGCUCUCUCUCAUCCCGCCCGACUCUAUAGUAACAGCAGCAUCAGCAACAGUCACAGCUCACAAAGUCGACCACGUCUCCUGUCGAGACCACCGUCACACAAUGCCAUACUUCACCUGCCACGGUCAAACCUGGGCUCCGGCCGCUACGACAGGAUACCGCAGGCCCGCUGCAGCAGCCACCACCACGGCAGCGCGCCCAUGACGGACCUCGAGCAUCGCAUCGCCGCAAUCCCCAUCGAGCGCUACCGCAACUUUUGCGUCAUCGCCCACGUCGACCACGGCAAGAGCACCCUCAGCGAUCGUCUGCUCGAGCUCACGGGCACCAUCUCGGCCAGCGACGAGAACAAACAGAUCCUCGACAAGCUCGACGUCGAGAGGGAGCGCGGCAUCACCGUCAAGGCCCAGACCUGCACCAUGCUGUACCGCUACCGCGGCGAGGACUACCUGCUGCACCUCGUCGACACCCCUGGCCACGUCGACUUUAGGGCCGAGGUCACCCGCUCCUACGCAAGCUGUGGCGGUGCCCUGCUCCUUGUAGAUGCAUCUCAGGGUGUUCAGGCACAGACCGUUGCCAACUUCUACCUGGCCUUUGCUGAGGGUCUCACUUUGGUCCCUGUGGUCAACAAGAUCGAUCUGCCGACCGCUGAUCCGGAGAGGGCUCUUAGGCAGCUGCGGGACACGUUUGAGCUCGACGUCGGCGAGGAUGGGACGGGUGCCGUUCUGGUCAGUGCCAAGGCUGGGACCAACGUCGAAAAGGUGCUGCCGGCCGUCAUCGAGCAGAUCCCCCACCCAACCGGAGACCCGAAUGCGCCACUGCGCCUACUGCUUGUGGACUCGUGGUACGACACCUUCAGAGGAGUUGUGCUGCUGGUCCGCAUCUUCAACGGCACCGUAAGGCCAGGUGACAACGUCGUAUCCCUAGCCACAGGGAACCGCUACACGGUCGGCGAGGUGGGGAUCCAGUACCCGCAUCCGACACCACAGACGGCCCUCCGGCCGGGCCAGGUCGGCUAUCUCUCAUUCAGCCCCGGCAUGAAGCGGAUCCAGGACGCCAAGAUCGGCGACACCUUUACGUUCCAGGGCAGCGAGGGCGUCGUGGAGCCGUACCCUGGCUUCGAGGAGCCCAAACCCAUGGUGUUUGUGGCAGCGUUCCCCACGGACCAGUCGGACUACCAGCGGCUCGCCGACAGCAUCACACAGCUGACGCUCAACGACCGCAGCGUGACGCUGCAAAAGGACUUCUCCGAGGCCCUGGGCGCGGGCUGGCGACUGGGCUUCCUCGGCUCCCUGCACUGCUCCGUCUUCCAGGACCGGCUGCGCCAGGAGCACGGCGCCAGCAUCAUGCUGACGGAGCCCGCCGUGCCGACCAAGGUGCAGUGGAAGGACGGCAAGUCGACCAUCAUCACCAACCCGACGCAGUUCCCAGACAUGUCGGAACACCACGGUAAGAUCGAGGGCUUCUACGAGCCCUUUGUCGCGGCCACCAUCGCCGUGCCCGAGGAGUACCUGGGACGCAUCAUCAAGCUGUGCGAGGACAGCCGCGGCGAGCAGGAGAGCAUCGAGUUCUUUGGCGCGCAGCAGGUCAUUGUAAAGUACGCCCUGCCCUCCAUGGCCCUGGUCGACGACCUCUUUGGCAAGCUCAAGGGCGCCAGCAAGGGGUACGCAACCCUCGACUACGAGGAUGCCGGCUGGCGGAGGAGCGACCUCGUCAAGCUCAACCUGCUGGUAAACAAGGUCCCCGUCGACGCCAUCUGCCGCGUCGUGCACACGAGCCAGGUCGAGAGGUUGGGGAGGAAGUGGGUUACCAAGUUUAAGGAGCACGUUGAUCGGCAAAUGUUUGAGGUCGUCAUCCAAGCAGCGGUAGGCAAGCGCAUCAUCGCAAGAGAGACCAUCAAACCCUUCCGCAAGGACGUCACGGCCAAGCUGCACGCCGCCGACCCGAGCCGUCGUCGCAAGCUGCUCGAGAAGCAAAAAGAGGGCAGGAAGAAGCUUCGGGCCAUUGGCAACGUCACCAUCGAACACUCAUCUUUCCAAAAGUUUCUCGAGAGGUGAAUGUGCUAUGGUCCGUGUAUAAAAAUGGAAAAAAAGAAAGAAAGAAAAAACAAAGAAGCACCAUUGUUAUGUGUAUAUAAUUGUUGUAAUAACAUCACGGUUUUGGUAUAGAAUGGCGGCGGGUCUUGAUGUUGACGUUG